AUGGGGGGAGGUGGCGGCGCCGCCGUGCUACUCUUCGCCUUGGGAAUGCGCCUCCUCUGCGGCGGCUGCGCAGCCGCGGCGGAGCCGUACGUCUCCGUGGCGGGGGACCCGGGGAUGAGGCGGGACGGCCUGCGGGUGGCCUUCGAGGGGUGGAACUUCUGCAACGAGGUGGGCGAGGAGGCCCCCGGCAUGGGCAGCCCCAGGGCGGCGGAAUGCUUCGACCUCACCGGUGAUGGAGCAGACCGCCAUUGUUCUCCGAUCGAAGCUUUUCUGGUUCGGAAAACUGGUCCUCAGCCGCCGUCUGCAACUGGUUUCAGGUGGGUCGCUGCAGCACAGGGUGACGGAGGAGGACAACAAGCUCGGGGGGGGAGCUCCGUUCCCCGGCCGGAGCGCGGCGGCGGGCGGCGACCCGGAUCUGUACGCGGUGGAGAAGGAGCUGUACCUGGGCUCUCUGUGCGAGGUCGGAGGAGAAGCUCCAGAUCCAUGGCAGUUCUGGAUGGUGAUGGUGAAGAACGGCAACUUCGACACGAGCUCCGGCCGCUGCCCGGCGAACGGCCGGCCGGCGGCGCCAUUCCAGCAGUCGGCGAGGUUCCCCUGCUUCGGGGCGGGCUGCAUGAACCAGCCCCUCCUGGAGCUGCGGCGAACCUCCCUCUCCGAUCAGGUGAUGAGAGGGGGCUUCCGGGGGACUUACGACCUCGACGGCAACUCCUCCUCCUCCUCCUCCUCCUUCGAGGUAACCUGGGAGAAGACGGUGGCGGAGGGCGGGUGGGUCUUCCGCCACAUGCUGAGGACGAACAGCAGGUACCCAUGGCUGAUGCUCUACCUCAGGGCCGACGCCACCAGGGGCUUCUCCGGCGGCUACCAUUACGAGACCAGAGGGAUGUUGAAGACCGUAAGCUCCUCCACCACCACCACCUCCGCCAUUAAGCUUCUUCCGACCGGCUGGAAUCGGAGCUCCGGUGAUCUGAAAGCCCAAAUCCACCUCCACCGCUAGGCUUCUUCCGGCCGGCUGGAGUCAGAGCUCCGGAGAUCUGCAAGCCCUACUCCACCUCCGCCAUUUAGUUCCUUCCGGGUGGCUGGAAUCGGAGCUCCGGCGACAUCAAACUCCUAAUACACCGCUGCCGUCGCCGCCGGUUGCAGGUGCCAGAGUCGCCAAACUUCAUAGUCAGGCUGCGUCUGGAGGUCAAGCGAGGGGGCGGCCCCAGGAGCCAAUUCUACCUGCUGGACAUCGGCGGCUGCUGGAAGAACGACGGCGGCGACUGCGACGGCGAAGCCGCCACCGACGUGACCAGGUACAGCGAGAUGAUCAUCAACCCCGCAAUCCCAGCCUGGUGUAGCCCCUCGAGCCUGCAGAAUUGCCCGCCCUUCCACAUCGACGACCGGGGGAGGAAGAUCCACCGGAGCGACGCCGCCGCCUUCCCCUACGCCGCUUACCACUACUACUGCGCCCCCGGCAACGCCGAGCAUCUGGAGGCCCCGUACAGCCUCUGCGACCCCUACAGCAACCCCCAGCCGCAGGAGCUCGUCCAGAUCCGACCGCAUCCCGCCUGGAAACCCUACGGCUACCCGUCUGCCGCCGGCGAGGGCUGGAUCGGGGACCCCAGGGCCUGGGAGCUCGACACCGGCCGCCUCUCCGACCGUCUCUACUUCUACCAGGCCAGUGAUCCUCCUCGCCGCCGAUCGCCGCCGAUCGCCGCCGCUGAUGAGUUGAGGAACCUUUCUCUAUCUCUCUCUGCAGGACCCUGGCACGCCUCCGGCGAGGAGGAGGUGGAGCUCCAUCGACGUCGGGACCGAGAUCUUCAUCAGCGGCGGGGAGGAGACCGCCGAGUGGACUCUCAGCGACUUCGACGUCCUCGUCAACCCUUCCCCCGUCGACCGUCGAUCCCACCCUGAAACUCCCUCCCCGCGCUGA